UAGGAAGUUAAUUUGACUCAGGUUUUUAAACUUCAUAGUGUCUUUUGGGCUGAAAUUUUUAAUACUUAAAAGUGCUGUCUCUUUUGGACUGAGGAUUUUCAAACUUUGAAAGUGCUGUGUCUCUUGGACUGUUAAAAAACUUUAUCAUGCACUUCAGACUAAUGUUUUUAAACUUUAUCGCGUCUUUAGGACUUAAAAGUUUUGCUUUUUUUUCAAACAGGACUAAUGAGGAUGUGGUCAUCAAACUUGUCCAACGAAUAGAGAUAAAAACGUGGCAUAUUCGUGUAUCUUUCUACAUGCUGACUGAUAUCAAGCUAGGUGUUUAAGGCCAGUGAUGAUGGGGAAGGGUAUUGAAAGGGAGGUAAUUACGGCCCUGGUUCUCUCCUGUCUCACUGUGGUGGUACAAGCAGACAUAGGAAAGGGUUUUGUGAAUAAAGGGCCUCCGGACCUGAAGUUUCAACCUGCGGGGCCUGACUCCAAGAAUGCAGCAGAGCGAUUGGAUACACUUCAAAAUGGAGCGGUUCAGGAUAAAAACCAAGAGGCCCCAAAGCUACAGAAAAUAGGUGAUAAAGUCUACACUGCUCAACAGCUGGACAAUUUACAGCAGGAAUUGCAGGGAUCUCAUUUCAAACGCAUUGAUUCACCUAAUGCUUUAAACAAUAAUGCAAAUGAAAGAAACAGUAACACUAACAUAGUGAAUAAUUUGAACAAUAAUGUUAACAACAUCAAUAACAAUGUAAACCAGGUCCAGAAUGGAUUACCUCAGAUAAAUAAGAAUAAUGUUGAUGUAAAUAAUCACUAUGUGGUUGGUGGUCUUCCUAAUGAAGUAAAUAAUGACCUUAACGAAAGAGUUGACUUAGGUGCUAGUAAUGUUCAUGAUCUGGAUAAGUAUAAGGAAGAUGACACCGAUACUGUAAACGUGCUUAAAAGAGGUAAUAAAAAUGUUUCAAGUGAUGCGAAUGAUGCCGUUCCUGCCCAAGAUGUAAAUGGCAAGAGAAGGGAACAGGUUCAGCAAAAUGCUCUUCAGAAUAGAGUAGUUAAUGCUCAGGAUGAUGUGGUCAAGGAAGAAAAUUUCAAACAACCUGCUAAUAACAAUGUCCAGAGUGAUAUGGCAGCAGGUAUAAAGGAGGAGGUUGCUCUCAGAGCAGAGAGAGAAAGCUUGGAUAGUAAUGCAAAGCCUGUAGAACAUAACCAAGAUGGACUUGUUCAGAAUCCUGACCUUCAAGGUAAUAAUGGUCAAAGAGAAGGAGCAAGAGUAGUUCGUAAAGAGAGUGCUAAUGAUGAGAAUGCUAAUGAAAGAAGUGACAAUAAGGACAAACCAGCUGUUCUAGAUGACACAAACAAAGGAGUAUUUGAUGUGGCCAAUCAGCCUGUUAAGGUAAAUCCAGAUACAUUUGACACAAACCAGCAAGGUGGUGCAGAACCUAACAAUGUUAAGUUUAUCAAUGGAGAAGUUGGGAAUAACUUUAAUGAAGUUCCAAGGAAUCCUGAGAUAGUAGGUCAGAACAAUAACAAUGGUCUUGCCAACAAUAAUAACAAAGUCCUUUCAAAUGAAGAUGAAGAAAAGCCAGGUAGUAUGAAAGUUGUUUGGGAUUGGAGUGAUUUUGCUGUGAACUUUGAGCAGUAUGUAAUGCCUGAGCAAAAAAUUCGCCGGGCUCCACACGCGACAACAGGGGAACCCUGGCCUUUGCCACAAUAUUACAUUGCAAAGAAGGACAAAAUUUACCGAGUGGAUAAAUUCAAUUUCCGAUUUGAUAUCUCAAAGGUGAGGUGUGAUAUCAUUGAGAAGGCAAUAGAACGAUACAAGCCGUACAUUCUGGAAGACGCAAUUGAGGAUAUGUACGAUAACUUCCAGCAUUCGCAGAGCACAAUGUUUGAGGAUCCGGCCCUCAAGUAUGAUACCCCAUUGUUCCUCAAUGCUCCUGUGGUGUCAAAGGUGCUCGUGAAGAUACAAAACCCGUGUACGAAGUUUCCACACGCCAAGAUGGAUGAGUCUUAUGACUUGUUUGUGAAACGUACAGGGAUCCAUAUCUGGGCGAACGAGGUUUGGGGGGCUCUCCGGGGCCUUGAGACACUCAGUCAAAUCAUCUUCAAGGGCUCAAACCAGCUGUUGUACAUUCGGGACACUGUGAUCAACGAUUACCCGAGGUUCUCGCAUCGAGGGAUGAUGAUCGACACAUCACGUCACUUCCUCUUCAAGGAAACCAUCCUUGAUGUCUUGGAGGCAAUGUCACAGAACAAGAUGAACACUCUACACUGGCACAUGGUGGAUGACCAAUCAUUUCCCUUCUACAGCCAGGCAUACCCUGAUCUCAGCCACAAGGGCGCUUUCCAUCCAACAUUUGUGUAUAUGACGGAGGAUAUAGCUGAGAUUAUAGAGUUUGCCCGGUUGAGGGGAAUCCGCGUGGAACCAGAGUUUGACACACCAGGUCACACCUACUCAUGGGGCCUGAGUCGCCCGGAUCUGUUAACCCAGUGUUACCAAGGUGACCACCCUGUGGAUGGUUACUUGGGCCCGCUUGACCCAAGCAAAAAUGAGACAUUCCGAUUCCUCAAGAAUUUCUUCAAGGACGUUCUUACAACAUUCAAAGACCAGUACCUGCACAUCGGAGGAGACGAGGUUCCUAUGACAUGCUGGCAGUCGAAUCCGGAGGUGACAAAAUUUCUGGCAAAGCUAGAAGGCAAGACAGAGGUGGAAACUCGGCAAACCGACCCAUACUACUACAGCUACGAUAUUCGCAAAGUGCUAGAGUACUAUGUCACACGGUUGAUCAAGGACUUGAAGAGCAUGACAGUCAAGCGUCCUGCAGGUCUGCGGCUCGUCUUCUGGCAGGAGAUCAUGAACAAUAACAUUCAGCUCCCGAAUGACUCGAUCAUCCAGGUCUGGCUGGGUGGUAUGGAGGAAGUUGAGCGUGCCAUAUCCCUUGGCAUGAAUGUGAUAUAUUCUACAUGCUGGUAUAUCAACUACAUAGAGUAUGGAACCAAGUGGAUCAAAUAUUACCAGUGUGACCCUGCUGAUGCUUCAUAUGGAAAAUUCAGCCCAGUAAAUGUUGUUUCAGUUCCCACUGACCUUGACAUAAACGCUGACAGGCCUAAAAGUAAACAUACCCAUGCAUCUGAGGGGUUCACCAUAGAUGAGAGCAAGGUUCUGGGCGGGGAGGCGGCUCUCUGGGGAGAGUACCUGGAUAACGAGAAUUACAUGACUACCAUGUGGCCAGCAGGAUCAGCGACAGCAGAGCGUCUGUGGAGUCACAAGGAUGUGCGAGAUAUCGAGAGUGCUGCAACCAGACUGCAGGAACACAGGUGUCGUAUGCUCAGCCGAGGUUUGCCAGUAAGCCAGAUGAGUGGGUCAGACUAUUGUCUUCGUCGAGGCCGCAAACGGCACCUAGAAAAUGAGACAAUGGCCAGUAACUGCACCAACAACCAGUGUGGAGUUGCGGCCCCUGAGAAAAGAUACGAGGUGGAGAAUAUUAAAGUGGAGUUUGAGCAGAAAGGAGGCUCUAUGGCCGACUGUUCACAGGCAUGGGUUCAAGUAGGUAGUCAGCUGACGAUGGCGCUCCUAGUUCUAGUCCUUGUUGCUGUGGUGAUAACAUUGUCAUUCACUCGGAAAAAGAUUCCCCAAGUUAGAGUGUGCAAGAACAAGACAAUACUCAUGGUGUUUAUAACGCUAAUACUGCUAUAUUUCAUGUGUUCAACAUCCAUAUGGAUGCAGGCUAUGGAGUUCAAAGGCUCUAUAGAAAAACGUAAAAGCUCAAAUGUUCAGACCUGAGGAGAUGUCAAGUUGUUAUUUAGUUUAGAGAAGAUGGUUUACCUGCCAUUUUCACAUUGACUGGCUAAAGAUGGUUGAAACCGUUUUCAUACUUGUAUAUUGACGAUGGUUUACCUGCCAUUAUCACGCAUAAUGAGGGAAAGGUGGUUUCUAUACCAAAUUAAAUGUUGGAAGAUACUUUUCGUAUUUAUGCCAUGUUCAAACUGAUUUGUGAAUAUCAUGGUGUGUGUGCCAUUUUCACACUGUCCAUUUUCACACUAAUCACAGCUUGAGUUGUACGGUUUACCUUUUCAAACUAAAAGAGAGGAAAAUGGUUUGUUUGUGUGUGUGUGUGUGUGCGUGGUAUUAUCUCGCCAUCCUCUGCUUGAGUUUUCCAUUUUCACACUAAUUAUGGGGCAAAUUGCACUUAUGCCGUGUUCACACUGAUUGCCACUGGAUAUCAUCAUGUUCAUCAAUCUUAUCGUUUUUCACAUUUAUCAGAGCUAUAAUGGUUCCAACAAGUCCCUAUGUGCCAACAUCACGUAUCAAUGAGACAGACCCCUCCAUAGGACAAGCAUUGACAAUUUAUAAAACACAAAGGGACUUGUCACAUUUUUCAACGCCAGACUAAAGUUGGUAAGAGAAAUAAAAUUGCAACAAAGUUUGAGAAAAUAGUCACCAUUAUAAACCCUGUAAACAAGUACCUUAAAGAUUGUUUAACGAGUCAUUAACCACCAAGUCCUACUGCUUAAAAAUAAACUGCAUAACUAAAGAUAUUUUAGAGGGCUGAGGCAUCUAGCAAUGUUUGAUCUUGUUGAUAAAAAGUGUAAAAAUAGAAUGAGACCCUAUCAAUAUGCAGAUUGUAAUUAUUAAGAACAGAGAAUCUGUUUUCAUAAUAUUACAAGUAUAUAUAUAUAUUUAGUUUGUCAUCAGCAUGAACCUGGUGUUUAUAUAACUACAUUGAGAUGUUGUAUGACCCCUCAAUAACUCCUUAAUUGUAAACAUGUACAAAAUGCAAACAUCAUAACUUUGUCAUUUUACUUGACCCUUUCCUUCUUAGAUACAUGUCUUUUUCUCUUCUAUCAAUAGCCUCAUAGACACGACUUUUUACUUUAAAGUUAUAUAAGGAAGUGAUGAAGGAGGGGCAGCUGAUGUGGUCACUUCUAUGAAAUCAUUUUGCCUGUCAACAAGACCAAAAGUUGUAAGGUGUGGCUCAUUCACUCAUUGUGUUAAUUAAAUGGCUUCAUAUUUGAAUCUAUCCAACAUCAUUUCAAUUAAAAAGUCCCAUUUUGGUAUUCAUUAUUUUGAUCUUUAUUAUAAUUGUGCGGGUUAAGAAUGAAAACCAAAAUAGAAGUACAUUAUAGUACUAAAUAUUCUAUCUUCAGUAUAUAAGAUGGAUGUGCUCUGCUUGUAUCCUCACAUUGAUAGGCUGAGGCAUUACAAAAAUAAAUGUGCAUAAUUUUGGUUUCCCGACCAACCUUAAAUUUUUGCACCAGACCCUAAUUUAUUAUUGCCCUACUGGACAUUUAUUUUAGGUGUAUUUUGGGGUAGUAUAUUGUAUACAUACAAGCUUGAAAUGUAUGGCAGCUGACACCCUAAACUACUUAAAUGAAGCAAAAAAAUCUUUAUUUUUCUGUCAAGUUUAUAGUAUCUAAGUUCCUCACAGUCGAUACAAAUAUAAUGUGCCCUUUUCACCUUCAUCACUUUUCCACUUUUCUGCAACAUCCCGCCCUUUUUAAGUUCUGCUUAAGAACCCUAAUUUAUUAAUUAUUAUUAUACGUUGUGAGGUCAGAUAGCAUUAUACUGUACCAGGCUCUUUCUGUACAAGUGUUUUGUGUUUUCUCUGCAUAAUUUCAUGUAACUGAGGUUUUUUAUGUUUAGAAAUAUUAUCUUUGUUGCUUUAAAUGACUGAUACAGAAUACUUUGGUAAGCAGUUUCAACCCACAGAAAAUGUGUUAUAGUCCAGUAUUGUACAUGUAUAUUUUUACUUGUGCUUGCAUAUACCGGUUGUGAAAUUAAAACAAUUAUAUUGGUUACAUGAGAUACAUAUGUAUGUUGAUUCAAUUUUUGAUACUUUACUCAACAAAAUUAAUAAAGAAUAAGUUAUUAAAAGAAAUGUUUUCUCAUAUUUAGAUUGGAGUUAAACUACCGCAUAUACCAGCAACCUCCGAAUAGGCUUUUGUCAGAUGUUGAUUUAUGAUCUAUAUUUCAACAAUUGUAUGUUGACCCUUAAUUAUUUUUUUGUGAGCAUAUUAGAAACAUUAUUUCAGAUAACUUGAUUUUUUCACUUUUGAAAGAGAUUUUAUUCCUGCAGUGAACAGUAAGUGUACCUUUGAUAUAUUGUAUGUGGUAUAAGAUAGGCAUUGCAUAAAAAUCAAUAGACAGGGAAACAAUGUACAUUCAUGUAGAUCUUGAUUAAAAAAGGUCAAAUAUUGUUGCCUGUAUUUUGAUUGGAAUUUUUACUAGAAUGUCAUGCAGUUCAGUCAGUCAUUUCACCAUGUUAUAGAUCUGUUUCCCAGAAUCAGUUUGACUGGCUCAGGUUCUUAGCUGAGUAAUAAAGAGCUUUAAAAUAACAUCUAAAUUCUGGAUCAUAUUAUGUCUUGAAUGCAGUAAAAGAAAAGAGCUAAUGCAUUUCCAUGAACAAUUAUCUUUUUAAUACAUGUGUUUCUGACUACCUUAAAGGUAAUUAAAAUUAAAAUUGAAAAUGCAGACCAUUAAAGAGAUAAUGUGUCGGCUGACAAAUAAUUUCUGUGCAUUAGAAGGUUAAAUAUUUAUUUCAUCAUUAACUGUGUAGGAAUGUAACAAUGUUGCUGACUCAAAUACUAAUGUUGGUACUUGUAUGGAAAAUGUUCAUGAGACAUAUAGUAAUAAUAUAUAUAAUAUAGUUUUUAUAAUGCAUAAACAUUUUCAAAUUGAAAAUUUUUAGAAACUGGUUGUAACAUGAAUGUUCAUUACUAUGCAUACCACAGACCCGGUAACUUCCUACAUAUUUCCUUGUAUUAAGAUUGUUUCUAUAGAUAUUAUUUCCCAUACUUGUGUUUGAUGUUCUUACUCUAUGCAAACUAGUUCAGUGUUUAUACCAACUAUAAAACAGUUAAAAUAUUGUUGAAGAAAAGGUUGAAAGGUAGAGUUCUAUUCAAUAUGCUUUAAAUUUUUAAUUAAUUUCAAUAAAAACAAGAAUGGUUGCUAUGACAUGUACUAGUAAAUUCACGUUCCAGGGCUGUUCCUUUAGUUGUCAUAGUAUUUCUCAUUUGGAUGAUUAUGCAUUUUCAUUUCAGUAACUUGGACAAUCGCUCGAUAUUUUAGUUGUAUGCAGAUUUUGGUUGUUUAGUGUGUUCUGUGUUUAUUAUUUAUUAAGUAUGCUUCAUGAUUUUACCUUUACUAACUUCAAUUUUAUUUUUUUGAUACGUUUGUUAUCCAGUAUUGCCUAUAUGUAGUGCAUUGAUUUCACUCUAUGUAUAUUGCCCCAUUUUGUUACAAGCUUAUGCAUAUAUACAAAUAUUUAACCUACAUAGCUUUUACCAUGCAUGUACAUGUGUAUUAAAAUACCUUUACCAUGCAUGUACACAAGUAUUUUAAUAGAUUUUAACAGGCAGGUACACUGGUAUUUAAAUAGAUUUAAUCUUGCAUGUACAAGUAUUUAUUUCUUGGCAUUUUCAUUUCUCCUUUAUUUAUCAUCUUCUGUCCAUUCGAAAAAUGAAAUAAAUUGAAUUAUUUUUAUUAUUAAUGUCUGCUCUUAUGAACUGUAAAUGAUCAGUAAAACUUCACCCCAUUGUUUCAUACAUUCAUUCAUUACUCAAAGUUGUAACUUGCAUUGAAUUUGACUAUGUUACUGUUUGUUCAUAUCAUUGUUAUUCUGCCCAAGUUGCGUUGUAGCAACAUUUUAUGCCAGAUGUAUUUGUGCUAUGUACAAUCUUGAUUUAAUAUGUACUGUGUACAUCAAUGUUAUGUAUAUAGGCAUGACUGGCAAUAAACCUGUUGAAUUUCA